AUAUUUGUGUUAAAGGACAGGAGGAAUAAGGUGGUGUUCACUGUGACCCACCUAUAUGUGGUUAGAUGUUUUUCACAUCAGGCCAGGCGGCAGGACAUGCUUUCUUUGUAUGUCUCCAUAAACAGCUAAAGUUCAAAUUGUCUUGAAAACCAGAUGGAAAACAGGAUAAAUAUCAUUUUCUUUUUCUUACUUACACUUCACUUUCCCUCUCUGUUCCCCCCGCCAAGGUCUCUACCUUAUAAAUUUUGGAGAAAGUCUGAGGCAUCAGCAGUGAAACAGUCUAAUAGAGAUGACUACAUCCACGGUUAAACAGCAGGAGAUCUACAACCAGCAGGGCUUUCUCUCAGCCCUGCCUGUAUUGAACGAGACGGAGCUGAGAGAAGCCAGACAUGCAUUUUCUGAGUUGGAGAAGGAAUUUGGUGAAGAGUACACCCAGUACAGCCUCCACAAUGUUCACCUUCAGCAUCCGUGGGUGAUGGGUUUGGCCAAACACCCUCAAAUCCUGCGAGUGGUCAGAGCCAUCCUGGGCCCCGACGUCAUCCUGCUGGACUCCCGCUUCAUCUGCAAAUACCCAGCACUCAAACCAGCCAACAUCAUGGAGAACGAAGAAGGUGAAACCAAACCUGAUGGGAGUAUUGGAGAGAAUGAACUUCCAUACGUGGCCUGGCAUCAGGAUAUGAGGUACUGGGGUAUUGCUGGCGGCCCUGUUCUCUCUGUGUGGCUCGCUUUCGAUGACUCACUGAAAGAGAACGGAGCCCUUCGGGUCAUCCCAGGCAGCCACUGCUCUGGCAUGUUGCCUCAUCGUCAAGCCAUCCGCCCUGGAAACAUGCUGUCAGUCAACCAGGAAAUCCCAGAGGAGCUGGUGCAGGCUGAUGAAGCUGUGUUUUGCCCUCUCUUGGCUGGGCAGAUGUCUAUCCACGAUGGACUCCUUGUCCAUGCCAGUGAUGCCAACACAUCCCAGAGGAGGCGCUGUGGGUUUGUGAUCCGUUACGUUCCCACCUGUGCUUACCCCAUACAGGAUCCUGAUCGUCCCAGGAAAUUUCAUGCCACAAUGUUGGCAUGUGGAACCGAUCAGUACAAUCAUUUCUCAGGCAAAAGCACAUGAAUACUUCCUGGGUUCUUCCUACUUGAAAGUUACAGUUACUUUUUCACUUUACAGUCAUAUUUCAUACUUACAAGAAAUGUCUGUUCUAUGUUUAUGAAUUAUAUAAUAUAUCAAAAAAUAACUACAAAUCUCUAUCGUAUAGCUUGUUGUAUAGUAUUGAAAUGUCUCAACUGUGAAAAGGAAUGAAUUGAUAAAAUGCUGUUUUAUUGUUCAGAAAAAGUGGACAUUGUAUUGUGCCACAUACAUAUUUAACUUGACUGUUUCAUAAACCUUCAAAAUAAAUGUGAGAAUAACCCGGUCA